CUGACUGGCGGCGUGUGCUUUAUUUACGACAACGUGCGGCAUUGCCAUAUGUGGGAUUGAAGUGUGAUACCGGUGUUGUGUGGAGGCAGCGAGCGAGUGAGCGGCAGGGCGACAACAGCGACAACUUGUGCAAGCAUCCCACGUUUACAGGCCAACCAGCGGCUUAUAUGGUGCCUCGGAGUGUCACCCAGCGACAUCGUGUAACCGAAGGAGAAGAGCAGCUGGCUCCAGUUAGAUAAUACACUUAAUAAGGAUAUAAGAAUCUAAUCGGAAAGAUUUGAAAAUGGACUAUGAUUUCAAGAUGAAGCUGACGACAGAGAGGGAGCGUGUGGAGGACCUGUUUGAAUACGAAGGCUGUAAAGUUGGAAGAGGCACUUAUGGCCAUGUAUACAAAGCCAAACGGAAAGACGGGAAAGAUGACAAAGACUACGCUUUAAAACAAAUAGAAGGUACUGGAAUUUCUAUGUCUGCUUGCAGAGAAAUAGCAUUGCUGCGGGAGUUGAAACACCCAAACGUCAUUGCUCUACAGAAAGUAUUUCUGUCACAUGCAGACAGGAAAGUGUGGCUAUUGUUUGACUAUGCUGAACAUGACCUCUGGCACAUAAUCAAAUUUCACAGAGCUUCUAAAGCAAACAAGAAACCAGUUCAAUUACCUCGAGGGAUGGUGAAGUCCCUAUUAUAUCAGAUUCUAGAUGGCAUUCACUACCUGCAUGCUAACUGGGUGUUACACAGGGAUCUGAAACCUGCAAACAUUUUAGUAAUGGGUGAAGGACCAGAACGAGGGAGAGUCAAAAUUGCGGAUAUGGGUUUUGCUCGAUUGUUUAAUUCGCCUCUGAAGCCUUUAGCAGACCUGGAUCCAGUAGUAGUAACAUUCUGGUAUCGAGCACCAGAGUUGCUACUUGGGGCAAGGCAUUAUACCAAAGCCAUUGAUAUUUGGGCUAUUGGCUGCAUAUUUGCUGAGCUGCUAACAUCUGAGCCUAUUUUUCAUUGUCGCCAAGAGGAUAUCAAGACUAGUAAUCCUUAUCACCAUGACCAGCUGGAUAGGAUAUUCAAUGUAAUGGGAUUUCCAGCAGAUAAAGAUUGGGAAGACAUUAAAAAGAUGCCAGAACAUUCAACGUUGAUGAAAGAUUUCAGAAGAAAUACUUAUACCAACUGCAGCCUUAUCAAGUAUAUGGAGAAACAUAAAGUAAAACCAGAUAGCAAAGCUUUCCAUUUGCUUCAGAAGUUACUCACAAUGGACCCAACCAAGAGAAUUACCUCCGAACAGGCUAUGCAGGAUCCCUACUUCCUUGAAGACCCACUCCCUACAUCAGAUGUUUUUGCCGGUUGUCAGAUUCCUUAUCCAAAACGAGAAUUUCUUACAGAAGAUGAGCCUGAUGAUAAAGGAGACAAGAAGAACCAACAGCAACAGCAAGGCAAUAAUCACACUAAUGGAGGUGGCCAUCCAGGGAACCAAGACAACAGUCACACACAAGGACCACCCCUCAAGAAAGUCAGAGUUGUUCCCCCGACCACUACCUCAGGUGGACUUAUCAUGACCUCAGAUUAUCAGCGUUCCAACCCACAUGCUGCCUAUCAGAAUCCUGGACCAAGCACAUCACAACCACAAAGCAGCAUGGGAUAUUCAACUACCUCCCAGCAGCCUCCACAGUACUCACACCAAGCACACCGGUACUGACCUGUAGCUAUUUCCCAAGCUUAAUGCACUCGCUGAGACUACAGACUGAGCAUAUGGCUGGCAGCCUGGGUCUGGCUCAGUUCCCAAGAAUGUACUGUAUAACCACAUUAGCCAAGUUCUUCUCUUUCCACAGAUGGAGCAGUGUCUCCAUAAUGUAAAGUACUUGGGUUAGACUUGAAAAGAAAGCUCUAGCACAGUUUGUGUUCAUUGACAUGCUGCUUCCAUAGUUUACUUGACCUACUUCUUCAGACCAAUUAUUCUUUUUUCCCCCCCUUUAUGGUUACAGAUUGUAGCAGUUGAAGCUGUGAAUGUGCUAGAGCAACCAUUUAUAAUUUUUGGUGAUGAAUGUUCUUGCUGUGUAACAAUGUUUUACUAAUAGCAAGAAAAUAUCUUCUAAUCUGGUACUUGAAGAAGUUAUGUUUAAUGGUGAAGGUAUCCAUGAUGCGGACUAUACAUUAUUUGGUACAAAUUUCAAGUUUAGGUGCAUUUUGUGGUAGGUUACUUAAUGUCUCAGUGUUUUAUGUCAAAUGUAUUUGCAGCACAAGAUUUUAUUGUAUGUGAGCUUCAUAAUUUAUCAACUGAUUGUAACCUCCCAAAGACUCCAGCUGGGCAGUUUGAACUUUAUAUCCAUUAUGUUCAAACACCUUAAGGCAACCCCAUCCCAUUCUUUACAAUUGACUUGACUUAUAACAGCUGCUACGUUUAAUUUUACCAGCAGUAGAUGAACUGUACUGAGUAUUGUAUCUAUGAUCUUUAUCCAGCCUUUCAAAGGACAUUUACUUUGGGCAGUGUUUAUUUCUUUCUGUUGGUGUAGCUGAUUUUGUGAGCAUGCUUUGGGGGUGGCAAACAAAAAGCAUGUGAUGUGUCUCCAUGUUUGCAGCUUCAGCUCAGAUAUUUUGUCAUGAAUUUGCAAAGUUGACAUUGUGUAGUGGAUUUUCCUUUUUGUUGAAUCGAGUUUUUUUUUAAAUGAAAAUGUAUGUGCUUUUAUUGAGUGCCCUUAAGAUGAAUGUGAGAUGUAGGAGAGCCUUCGAAUUCAUUUAGAAAUGUAACAUGUGUACUGUACCAUUUUACAUGAACGAAGCAAGUAUUCUGACAAUAAAUUUUGAAAACUUAUAGUAUUAACUUUACUACGGUUAAAUUUUAUCAAGUAUUGGGAUGACGAUGUGUUGAGUGAAAAUAUCAUUGAUUCCAGUUUGCUGAGUGGAUUCCAGUUUGCUACAUGGAUAGCUGGAGCCAUAAGCAAUCUUUUCUGAAUUAAUUGUUCUGUGUAGUCUCUUUUAUUUAGUUUCCAUGCCUAAUUGUUUUCCUAAUUCUAUAAAAGCUUGCAAUCUAUGCAGUGGUCACUUUAACACAUGCUUGCCUAGAGCAAAUAUUUCUGCAGUCAUAGUUUUCCUAAAGCUUUCACUUGUUGGGCAGUGUCAUCUUUAAACUUCGGUUCCAAUGCACAGACUGGUUCCUGACACCCUCUUCUGGCCGGUAAAGAAACUACAGCAAAGGAAAGCUUGCUUGGGCACUGCAUUAAUUGUUGUCAAAUGCUUAAAAGUAACUUGUCUAAGCAUGCUUUACUUUUGUUAUUCUAAGUUGAAAUUUCCAGCAUAAUUAUAUAGCCAGGCAACUUUUAUGUGCCAAAUCUGAAGCAAAAUAUACACAUUUUCUGCAAUUUUAUUCAUUGGUAACUCACUCAUGCCACAAUACCAAAAAAAAUUUUGAAGGGAUAUUGAUUGAAAUGUAAUUGAUGAAAUAAAGAAAGCCCAUUUAUCACAAACCUUAAAGUUUCAGUCUUAGAAUACCUCUUAGGGGUCAGUCAAGGAGCAGCAUUGAUGGUAUCUGUGGACUGAAGACAGCAUGGAAGUGGGAAUAAAACAAUAUUUUAAAUAUUUGUAAAAUAAAAUGCACAGAAUAAAAUAAUAUCAAUUACA